AGGCCUGGACCAGGUAGUCCAUACGUUUGGGUGGGGUAUAGUGUAGUGCGCUGUUGGCCGUGACAUUGCGGUAUAGUGAGCUUGGUGGCGUCCGAAGUGGCGAGUGUCACACCUUCAAGACGUGUGCUGGAAAGAAGACGAGAUGCGUUUGUCGACGUUGCUGCUGGUACUGCUGGGCCAUCUGGCACUCACAGGUGCGUGGGAUAUCAACUUCAAGCGUAGCCUGUGUUUCCAAAAUGGCCUCGAUGACUUGGGGGAGCGCAUGCCCCUCUCUCUCCACAACCUGGUUUCCCUGGUGGAGAAGUUUGAGGAAAGGAGCACCUACAUGAAUCCCGACGCCGUGGCAGAGGCACUCAUCCACAGAUACUGCAUCAACGGCAUAACGUUCGCCAGCAUCUCCAACGCCAACCCCUGGUCUCCCAAUGACAUCAACGAAGUGCACAAACAAGAAAUGGUCUGGUCUCUUAUCACCAUGGACCAGAUCGUACCAGACUCCACCUACGAACCAAGAGAAGAGUGUUCACUGCACUUCAUGCUGUCGCACGGUGUGGACCUCUACCCCCAUGGUGGCCUUGACUAUGUGUGGGAGAACUCAGCCUAUCGGAGACGAAGGAAUUCGCUAGCUUCACUGCUACUGUUUAGUGAGCAAAAGUCAGUAGUACAGAAAAUGGAGGUGCAGGCAGGGACCCGCUACAGCCUGCCCUCAAACAUGCAGCCAGCCACUCACCCCAUGGAGAACGGAGUCAUCUGGACGUCGUCUGGCCCAGUGGCAGCAGGAACCCUUCUGGCAGGCAUCAUGGUGAGGGACACCUCCCUGGGGCUUACCAUCGACUCGAUGUACAAUUCACAGGGCCUUGACUUCAUGCCUGAUGAAAUGUUGCAAAAGCGGGUGAUGCCGCUGCACGCCGCAACGCUGGCAGGUGACAUUGGCCAGUCUGCCAUGAUUGGUUAUUUGGCAGCGGUCGCCAGCGCCAGUUCUUACCUCGGGCCUUCGGGAAUGUUUGCCAACAGCACCGCUGCUCCCAAGGUCUUCACGCUGGAGCAGAACUACGGCCUCACCAUUCCCUACCUGACCCGUGCUGAAGUAUUUGCUGGCAUUGACAGUCUGCUGAUCCAGAAGGUGUUGAGGGAGUCCAGUAGCAAUCAGCUGAGUCUGUCUGAUGCCCUGAGGAUGUACUACAGUGAGCAUGGCCUGCCUGGCUACCCAGACUACAAGGCUUGCAACAGACUGGAGGCUUUCAAGAGCUUGGACCGGACAGUUAUUAAAGAACAGGCCCUGCACUUCAUGUAUGCGUACUCGGCCAAGAUUGCGUCCAUCAAAGAACUGAUCAGUCAGAACAAGGACCAAUUUUUGGACAUUGAGAAUGCCUUUCAGAGAGCCCUUACCAACUCAUGGACUCAGUUCAUCAACUUUGUUGACAGCUAUGAUUACUCAGAGUUUGACAGGUGCGCAGACUAUUCAAACAAGGUCAUGUGUGAGAACAAGGUGGACCUGCUGGUGGUGUACAGCCGUGAGGGCGGCGAGACGGAGAUAAAGAAGGAACGUGACUAUAUGGCACACCUCGGGCAGCUGCUGGACGUGGGUGUGGACAGGUCCCGCAUCGGUGUCCUGGAUGGAAAGACUGCCAAUGUGAUGUUCCCAAUGACCAACUUCAGCAACGUGGCAGACUGGGGCAGCAACUUCUCUACCAGCACUGACAACAUCUAUGGUAGUAGUGGGUCAGACAUGAUGAAGGUGAUGGGCGCGAUCACUGCCUACUACACAAACUUCUACAAUAACCUGCGAAGUGAUGCCAACAAUGCUACAGCAAAUUCUCAGGUGGUGCUGUGGAAUGCCCCGAGCAGUGUGCCGCAGCAAGAGGAAUUCUUGCAACUGAUGGACUCCUUCAAAUUGCUGCAUCCAGAUGUGUACUUCCUGUUUGUUGGGAAGAAUAAAGGUGCCCUCACUGACCUCAUGGUGGACCCCAACCAGGACUUCUUCCAGAUCACCGGCCAGGACAUGUUUGCCUUCGCCAAGACGAUUGCUGAAAGGAUCUGUCAAAUCCCAUCAGUGUUUGUGUACCCGGCCUGCAACCCUGACAAUCGUAACUUUACUAGCUACGCUGAGAGCAGCCACACAUACACUGGAUAUGUCUCCCCUAACUACACCACCUACAUCAAGAUUGCUCCAAACUACUUCCAGUACUCUGAAAAAGUUAUGCUCCAGCUGAAAGAGGGUGAUGUGACCGUGUGCAGCAGCCGCGUCAGCAUGAACGUGGAGACCAAUGCAGAGGACAGGAUGUGCCACGACACCAACAGCCUGGAGUGGUGGCACCUGUGUGGCCGCUAUCUGGACCAGUGUGACCCUAUCUACCUUGCUGUCACUGGCAGCAGCUCUCGCACAAACAGCUAUUGCCAGGAUAAACAGUGUCAGUAUCCCAACCAGAUCAAGUUCCAGAUCCAGCACGAAGGCAUGACUUGCGGGGCAUGGGCAGCUCCUCCCUCCAUCCUCCUGCUGGCUGUGGGUGCCCUAGUCUUGCUCCUCCGCUCCCAACCCUGAACAGCAAACACGACUACCUUAUUAAUCUCUCCUCUUAUUCCCUCCCCCUAAGCCUUCCCUAUAUCCCCUCUCCCUCAGCUAUUCUUCAGUGUACUAUUCCUUCACCAGUGCUUUAGUGCGCUCGUCCAGUCUCUCUCCUCUGGACUGUCUCAGCCAGUCCUCUCUUCCAGUCUCUUCUCAAAUUUCUCUGUAUAUUUUGUACCUUUAACAAUUUUUCACUUUAUUCCUUUUAUAUAUUAGUAGUUAUAUUUUAAACACUUUUCUGUAUAAUGGUUAGUGACAAAGUGGGUUUUCCUCCUGGUUUUAACCCUAGAUUACUAUCGUUGUCCGGAAUCCCGGCAUGGGGGGUUAAUUUGCGUCGCGGAAGGAAAUCUGUUCGAUGUACGGUGCUGUUCGGCCAUGACAUCUCAGUUAGCAUUCUGCCCUUGGUGCGUGAGGUACGUUUGUGUUUUUCCCGUGCUGAAUUCCUGAACUGUUCCCAAUUGUCCAGAAUUCUGGACAUGAUUGUAAUUAUAACAUAUCAAGUAGAAAGCAGGCAAUAGGGCUUUUGAGGCUGGAACAUUUCGGGGGACAUGUGAACUCCAUGUGUGGCACAACUCAACACAAUCAGCCAACACUGCCUGGCAGUGGUGCCUUCAUUAGGGAAAGGUAGCGUUUCUUGAAAGUUUCACACAUUUUUUUAUUUAUUUUGUUUGUAAUGUUAUUUUUGGGUAAUAUGUUAAGUUUAUAGGUCAUAGAAUUAAGAAUGUAUUCUAGUUUAGGUAAAAAUUUUGUAAUUAAACUUUGUACCAUUCCUAUAUGUGUUUUCAAGGCCAUAAAUUUGUCCGGAAUUCCGGACAUCGAUAGUAACCACGCUAGUCCAACAAUGAUAGUAGUCUAGGGUUAUUAAGGCUUACAAAGACUUAAUUAUAUUACCUAGUUCUGUAAUUUAACAUUUUACAUCAACAAAACUUCCCGAUAGAUUUAACUUCUCCACUCUUCCUAGUUACUGAGAAAACAACUUUGAGGCAAUGUGCAAAGUUAUGAAUGGUGUGAAGGUGGUUAUAAUAUGUGCAGUGUGUGUGUGUGUGUGUGUGUGUGUGUGUGUGUGUGAGAGACUACAUGCAGUUCCUGUUAUUAGAUGUAAGGGUUUCCAAGUUUGUGUUGUGGUCUACACUUGCACAUGCCUGGUUACUACAAAAUGUGUUGUGAACUUACUUUUUAACAAGCUUUUUCUUUGUGUUAUCUCUUCUAAAUAACACAUUUCUCUGAUUGUAUGAACACUGGAAUUCGAAGAUAAUUUUUAAUAUUGUAUACUUAAUGCAGUAAAAUAGCUUAUGUAUUUACAUGAUAAUUUUAAUAUGAAGUUUUGUAACGCCUCAUAAUGGAGGCCGGCAAAACAAGGUGUCUUAACCCCCAAGUGUUUUGUCUUAUGAAUUAUUGGCGUGACUAAUCUGUACAGUAUUCAGUAGUAAAAAAUGAAGAAUCAAACCAUUCCCAUCACUAGCUCACAGUGAAUGUCUUCUAUCCAUAAAACUUACUGCAGUGUUGCUUUGUUUGCUAUCUGUUUCAUUAUAACAUCUAUGAACUUUCUGGCUGCAUGCCUCCUUUGGCCUCACUGCUGCCUUAUUCCCAUUACGUUCACUGUCAUCGCCUUGACUGUUAAAACUGGAAAAGACUCGCCUACUGUUAUACUUUCUUCCCUUGACUUGAACCCUCAAGAAGUGAGUGCCGAGGCACCUCUUGAAGCUAAUUUGAUCAUGUUUUAACUCGUCUUACUUUAUGGUAGCAAACUAGCAAUGAGUUGUGGUCUUUUUUUAUCUCUGGUUUAGUCCCUUGUCCUGUCCCACAAGCCGUAUAACAAGUAAAUAAUAUAACAUCACAUCGGAGUACAAUUGGAAUACAAGCACAGCACAGGGCAUCACAUCACAGGGGUCAAGGCACCUUCAGCUUAAUUGUCGUCUGUCAAAAUUGUUUUGUUCAGUUCCUGUGGCAACGAAUGAGAAGUCAACUGUAAUCAAAGUUUUGUAUAAUUCAAAAUAAAAGUUAAUUGAC